CUUCACGCACAACAAGUAAGAAGCUAUUAAAAUGAACCGAAUUUCGCCGCUGAUUGGAUUAUUAUUGUCAAUCAUUGGUUGCGUGAAUUGUGCUGGUUUCUACACAAUCGUAGCACCGGAAUACAUCAAAGCACAAUCAGAAUACACUAUUUCAUUAACUCUUCACAAACACACCGAGCCGGUCACCAUUCGGUUGAGCAUUGAAGAUGGAGCACAAUACAAAAAUGAAAAAGAAGUCACAAUCACACCAAAUAAAAUGGAAAUGACGACAUUGCACAUCGGUGAUUUGGAUGUAGCAAAAAGAUAUAAAUUCGUGGCAGAAGGCGUUUCGGGACUUAAAUUUCGAAAUGAAUCGCCUUUGAAAAUUGAAUCGAAAGAAGUUUCAAUUUUCAUUCAAACCGAUAAAGCCAUGUAUAAACCAGGCCAAACGGUCAAAUUCCGUGUCUUGGUGCUCGAUAGUGGCUUGAAACCGGCUACAUUGAAACCAAACAGCCCUCUCAACAUUUAUUUUACCGAUCCAGAGAAUAAUCUUAUUAAACAUUGGCUUAAAGUGACUCCAAAGACAGGAGUAUUCAGCAGCGAAAUCCAACUAUCCGAACGGCCAUCAUUUGGCGAUUGGAAAUUCGAAGCUCAAGUUGGUUCGGAGAACAAAACGAAAAAAAUUGAAGUGGCCAAAUAUGUUUUACCGAAUUUCUAUGUUACCAUUGAUUCACCGAUGGACUUUUCGGCAAAAGACGGCAAGAUUCGUGCAAUUGUUCGUGCAACUUACACUUAUAAACAAUUAGUGAAAGGCGAAGCUAUGGUAUCACUCACUAAAUUAAAUAAUACAAACGAUGCAAUGGUAAAAAGCAUUCCAAUUAAUGGCAAAGGAACUGUUGAGUUUGAUGUGGGGAAUGAUUUGAGAGCUGAUUCUGAGGCCUACAAAAUAGAAGCAACAGUCUUUGAUUUGCUAUCUGGUCGCAAUGAAAGUGCAUCGAAAAUUAUAACACUUCAUAAAACACGCUACGCAAUUGAAAUAGUGGAUUUGGGUAAGGAUAUCAAGCUGAGAUCACCCGCAAAAUUCGCGAUCCGCGUUAGUCAUCAUGAUAAUUCACCAAUUCUUUUGAAUGAAAAAACCAAAUGGAUUACAGUCAAUUAUACAGUUAAGGAUGCUAAUUUCGAUGGGCAAUAUGAGUCUACCUUCAUAUACAAAUUCGAGUUGAAUGGGAAUGGCAUCGCUGAUGUUCCCACACUACCAUUAAUAGACGAAAAAGAAUUUGAAUUAAAUGUGGAAUACAUGGAAGAACAUAAAAACUUGACGGAUUUCAAACCACAGAAAAAAGAGCUGGAAAUUAACGUUUUAACAGAAUGCCCCACAUUCAAUCAAAGGGUGUACGUUGAAGUCAAAUCAAUGAGUUUUCUUGAUGAUUUCACGUAUCAAGUGAUUGUGGAUGGGAAAUUAGUUUAUGCUGAGAGGGUUGUUGUACCACCAAACUGUAACAAUCAGGUCCUUAGUUUCAAUGCCGAUUUCGAUGUGUCGGCAAACGUAUUCGUAAUCGUUCACUAUUUCCAAAAUGACAACAUUUUCGCUGCCAAAGGUGAAGUUCAAUUUUGCGAUUCUUUCAAAAACUUUGUAAAUAUGGAAUUGUCAACAAAAGAAACUCAACCUGGCCAAAUUGUAAGCAUUCACGUGAUUACAAAACCCGAAUCAUAUGUGGGUUUAAUGGCAGUUGAUCAGAGCGUAUUGUUGAUGAAGGAAGAUAAUGGUUUAACGAAAGAACAAGCUGUUCAGGAAUUAAAGAAAUAUCGCCCACUCAAGACUAUCAUGGAAACGAUCGAUUUGAAUUAUUAUUUGAAACUUUUCAGCGAAAGCAAUGCUCUUUUUUUCACCAAUUUCCUGAACGUUGAUCUACGCUUUGCUGAAAUUCCUUCAACAACAGAGCCCAUUGUACCCACUUCUUCACCACAGCCACGAAUUCGUACUGAAUUCCCAGAAACAUGGCUAUGGGAAGAUUUCGAUGUGAAUAAUACGAAUGGUGUGGUAACUCUUAACAAAAAAGUGCCAGACACAAUCACAUCGUGGGUGAUGAGUGCUUUCUCUGUCAAUAACCAAUUCGGCUUAGGUUUGACCAAACAUCCACAGAUGUUGAAUGUAUUCCAGCCAUUUUUCUUGUCUUUGAAUCUUCCGUAUUCCGUGAAACGUGGCGAAGUGGUUGCAGUGCCGGUGGUGUUAUUCAAUCAUUUGAACACGGAUGUUACUGCUGACAUAGUAUUUUACAACGAAAAUGGAGAAUUAGAAUUCGUCGAUGAUAACGGCGCUAAUCAAACGUUACGGACGCGUCGAGUGUCAGUUGCUUCAAACUCAAACGGUGUAACGCAGAAGUUUUUCAUCAAAUUCACUUCCGUUGGACAAAUUUCACUGAAAGUGAUAGCCAAAUGUCCGAUUGCCGGCGAUGCCAUCGAAAGACUUUUGCAGGUUGAUCCAGAAGGAGUCCCAAAAUACGUGAACAAAGUUGUGUUUGUUGAUCUGCGUGAAACCGACAAAUUUGAAACCACUCAACACAUCGAUGUUCCCGCGAAUGCUGUUAAGGAUUCGUUGAAAGCCAAAGUAUACGCGUUGGGCGAUGUAAUUGGUGGUACUCUUAAAAACUUACAGAAUCUUAUUCGAAUGCCCUAUGGAUGUGGUGAACAAAAUAUGGUGAAUUUUGUACCGGAUAUUGUGGUUUUGGAUUAUUUGAGUGCAGUUAAAAAUCUUGAUAAAGCCACUAAGGAUAAAGCCAUUGAGUAUCUUUCAAAGGGAUAUAAACGCGAGUUAGACUAUCGUCUCAAUGACGGUUCGUUCAGUGUAUUUGGAAAAAGUGACAAUAAAGGCUGUACAUGGCUAACGGCAUACGUUGUAAAAUCAUUCAAACAAGCUGAAACGUAUAUUAAUAUCGAUAGUAAUGUGAUUGACAAAGCUCUUGAAUUCCUUAAACGAGCUCAAACACCCAACGGCAUGUUUCCUGAAGUUGGAAGAGUAUAUGACAAAGCAAUGCAAAGUGGAGCGAAUAAGGGGAUUGCUUUAACUGCAUACACCACAAUUGCUUUCUUGAAAAAUAAGAAAUCCAAUGAUUGGAAAUAUAAACAAACCGUCAAUCGCGCCCUCGAAAACAUUGCUGGAAAUAUUCGUAGGGUGAAUAAUACAUAUGAUGAAGCGAUCGCAGCAUACGCUUUGCAAUUGGCAAAUCAUACGAAGAAAGAUGAGGUCUUGAAUAAAUUGGUCGGUAAAGCGUUGGUCGAAGGGGACAAGAGAUGGUGGACUUCAUCAAAGCCCAAUCAAAGUAAAUCACAAUCAAUAAACGUUGAAAUCACAUCAUAUGGAUUACUUGCACUCAUUGAAGCUGGAAAAAUCUCAGAAGCUCAACCAUUUUUCCGGUGGCUUUUGACGCAACGCAACGACAAAGGUGGAUUUACAAGCACACAAGAUACUGUAAUCGGAUUGGAGGCAUUGGCAACAUACAGCCGAUUCACAUCAAGCGGAGAUAAGAAUGUUCAAUUGAAAGUUCGAAUGAAUGCAACGCGUGAACAAGUGAUCGAGGUGAACUCCGCAAAUGCAUUGGCUUUACAACCCAUCGAUUUACCAGUCAAUGAAAAUUCCAUCAGUUUUUCCGCUUCCGGUCGUGGCACGGCCUUAUUUCAAUUGUCGUACCAAUUCAAUGUAAAAGAGAAUGAUAUCCAUGAAACAUUCACGUUGAAGCCAGAAGUACUUGAAAUUAGCAGGAGUAAACUGAAAGUCAAAAUUUGCUCAAGUUUCAACGCAAAGGAUGCUCAAGAUCUUUCGAAUAUGGUGAUUGUGGAUGUUGAAAUGCCAACUGGUUUUCGCAUUGAAAAUGGUCCAUUGAUUGAGCUCGUGGGCAAAUCACAUGUCAAAUUGGUUGAAACAACAAACGCUGAAACGGUGGCACAUAUUUACUUCGAGAAAAUGUUGGCUAACGAAGAAAUUUGUCUGGUUGUUCAAGGAUAUCGUGCGCACAUAGUGGCCGAAAACAAACCGGUGCCAGUGAAAAUCUAUGAUUAUUAUGACACCU